AUGGCGGGAAUAAACCACGUGCGGCGGGAGCGGUCACGUGUCUCUGUGUCUGCGGACCAAUCCGUGCGGCUCUCGAAGGCGCUGAGCUAUGUCCUGCGGCAUGGGGCUGAGGCCGAGGGGCUGCCCAUGGGGCCGGACGGGUACGUGCCGCUGGAGGCGCUACUGCGCAUGCCCCGCUUCAGGGGGGUGUCGGAGCUCGAGGUGCGUCACGUGGUGGCCGCGGACCCCAAAGGGCGAUUCCAGUUGAGCCCUGACCCCCCCCGGAUCCGAGCGAACCAGGGGCACUCCCUGCACGUCCCGGAGCUGGCGCUGGAGCCGCUGCUCUCUGCGCAUGCGCUGCCCCCCACCCUGGUGCACGGGACCCGGCGCCGCUGCUGGGGCCGCAUCCGGCUCGAGGGGCUCAGGCCCAUGGGCAGGACCCACAUCCACGUGACCACCGGACUGCCCGGGGACCCCGGCGUGCGCAGCGGGAUAAGGCCGGACUCGGAACUCGCCAUCAUCAUCGACGGCCCCCGAGCGCUCGCAGAGGGUGUCCCCUUCUUCCGCUCCGCCAAUGGGGUGAUCCUGUCCCCGGGGGGGCCCGAUGGGAACAUCCCCCCCCACUGCUUCCUGCGCCUGCUGCAGCUGCGCCCCCACCGGUGUGAGCUGCCAUUGGAUGCCCCCUUGGAUGAGGAGGGGGGGGGGGAGGCCCGAGCCCCUCACAUGACACCCCCAGUGCCCCAUAGAAGACAAUAAAACCGUUUCUCCCCCCC